AUGGCAGAGCACCUCAGCUACGUCGGCUCGGGGCCGUACUGCUACGCCAACUCGCUGGCCAUGAUGCUCGGCAAGGAGAGCCCCUCGCCGACCGUCAUCGAGUUCGCCACGUCCAGCCCCUUUGGCAUGCAAAUCAUCGGCGGCAACCUCGUCUUCUUCGACCCCUACGGCUGGGACCCUGCCGCCAGCUUCGACGCCGCGCUCAAGGCUGCAGGCUGGGAGUCUACGCUCGUCAUCGGGGCCGACGCCGGCGACGCCCUCGCACGCCUCAAGCAGGCCGUCAUGCAGGGACCAGUAUUUGUCGGCCCCGUAGAGAUGGGUCUCUUACGCCAUCAGCCCGAGAUGAAGGGCGCCAUCGGGGCCGACCACUACAUAGUCGUGCUGCGCAUCACCGACGACGGCAUGGUCGAGAUGCACGACCCGCACGGGCACCCAUACGCGACGCUGCCCGUUGCCGAGUUCAUGGCCUCGUGGCGCGCGGAGAAGCUCGGCUACGGCAAGCCGUACAUGCUGCGCACCGACUUCCGCCAGGUCGAGCGCGGCGUCAGCGAGGAGGAUGUGAUCCGGCGAUCGCUCGACAACGCGCGGCGAUGGCUGUCCAUGGAGGGCCCGCACGACGACAUGCCGGCGGGGUCGUACGGCAACGGCGAGGCCGCCGAGCGGCUCGCGCAGAAGGUCGAGGCCAAGACGCUCGCGCAGGGCAUGCGGAUGGAUCUCGUCUACUUUGCCGUGCGGGUCGGGGCGCGCCGGCUGGCUGAUGCGGCGACGUGCCUGAGGCGCAUCGGGAGGGACGACGCGGCGGACGUUGUGGCUCGGCAGGCCAGGCUGGUCGGCGCGCUGCAGCACCCGCUCGUGGUCGGCGACAAUGCGCGGGCGGCGACGCUGCUCCGCGAGCUGGCGCCGACGUACGAGGAGUUGCGGACGGCGCUGGGCUGA